AUGGUUACCAAUACAACCAGCCUGAGACGAUGCAUCGAAGAAGUUUCUUUAAAAAAUACGGAAUACACAUAUCCCGAACAAGCAAUAAAUCAAGCUGAAUCAUUAAAAUCCUUAUCUAGUGAUUUGUACACCGAUAAUAUUCGAUUUAUUUAUGAAUUGAUACAAAAUGCAGAUGAUGCUCAAGCCAAACAUAUCUUUGUGACAAUUCUCGAGAACGAAUAUCUGAUCAUUACUCACGACGGUAAAGGUAUCAUCGCUUUCAACAAGAAAAAGGAUCUAUUGCUUUUAGGAAAAGAAUUCAACACGAAAGAUUUACAAGGUCUGUGCGGUAUUAACAACGGAACGAAAAAGAAGGAUCUUGAUAAGACUGGGUAUAAAGGUUUGGGAUUCAAAGCUGUUUUUGGUAAAUCCAAUCGUGUGAUUAUUUAUUCGAAUGGUGAAUAUUUUCAGUUCGAUUCUUCGCAUAGAAUCACUUGGAGAAAGGAAUGGAAAAGUAUCGAUCAAGAAACAUGGGAGAAAGAAAAUGAUCGACAAUUCACUUAUCCCUGGCAAAUCAAUCCCAUAUGGACAAACAAACAAGAUGUUCCGCAUUUUCUCGUAAAGUUUCUCGAAUCCAAACAAAAAGAUCUCCGAGUGGCAUAUGCAAUUUUGUUGCAUAAUGUGGUGGAAAUUCAUUCGGCCAUCAGUCAAUUAAAACAGCAUGCUUACAUGUUUCUUUUUCUGCGAAAUAUUUCUUGUUUGACUCUAUCAACCGGAGAUACAGACACCAUUUCAAUUGAUCGUGAUUUAGGUCAUGAUUUGAAAAAAGUCUAUAUCAAUCGAAUCGUUGAUUCACAAUGGAUCAUCAAGCGUUCUGAAAUCGACAUUCCGAGCGAUGUUAUCGAUCGACUGUCGAAUGAUGCGAAAGCACCAGACAAGUUACGAUUUACAAGACAAGCGGAAAUGUUCUUAGCAGCUAAGUACAAAGAUUCAACAGCGAAUGCUGCUGGCGGUAUCGAAAAACUUCGUGAACAAGAUUCAAUUCUAUUUUCUUACCUGCCAACAAACAUUCGUGACUACAAAUUUCCCGUUUUGAUAAACGCAAACUUUCUCACCAACGUUAAUCGAGAACAAAUUCAUACAGAUUCAAUUUGGAAUCAGUGGCUAUUUAGUGUAAUAGGCGAUCAAAUUCUUCAAUGGAUUAAACAGUUAGUCCGAGAGAAGAAAUUUCGUUGUCAAGCUUAUCAACUUAUCCCGUCGAAAUUAAAUUUAACAGAUAAUGUUCUAUCGGAAGAAUUUAACAAAUCAUUUGAAAUGAGUAUUAAACAAUGCAAUUUCAUUCUCAAUCGAAAAAAUGAACUAUUAAAAGUAAAUGAAGUCAUUAUGGAUUCAACUUCAAUGUCCAAACAACCAUCGUUCAUUAAUCUCAAUGCAAUGCGUCAAUACAUUGUCGAAAGCGAGGAAAGUCCUUCAGAGUAUGCUACCAAUCCUUUCACCGAUUACGAUUCGAAUUUGAGCCGAAUUGGUGUGAAAGAAUUUACUUGGAUUGAGUGUAUCGAUAUGCUCAAAUCAGAUAUAUUUCUUCAAACCUUUUCAAUCGAAGACAAUAAACGAAUGAUUCAGUACUUCUAUAGAAGAUGUACCAAGAAUACUGAUGAUCCAAUCGAGAAAAUUCCAUUUCUAAUGGAUCAACAUAAUCGAUUACAAUCGAUUAAAUCGAUUUAUUUUCCGGCAGAGACAAUUGGUGAUAGUGGAACAAUCGAUUCUGACGAUUUAUUUCUACACAAAUCCAUCUUCAGUUGGCUGAAUGAGAAAAAUCAAAGAGAAAUCAAACAAUGGUUGAAGAACAUCGGCGUUGAAGAACGAACUGAUCUAGCAUACUUCCGCAAAACAAUUAUUCCAAACGCUUCAUCGUACAUUACACUGAAAAAUGCAAUUAGUACUAUAAAGAUCCUAUUUACAUUAUUUCGAAAGAACGCGAUCACGAAAAAAGAACUUGAAGACUUGAAAAAGCUGAAACUAUUAACAACCCGAGGAACAUUAGUCGCAGCUGAACAAUGUUUUUUUUCUGACCAAUACGAACCACGAUUACUGCUGGAAGAUUACUUAGCUGAAAAGGAAGACAAAUUUUUGUCCUUCGACUAUAUCUCGAGUGCCAACUGCACUAAUGAAAAUUUAGCUGAAUGGAGGCAAUUCUUUGCUGCAUUAGGAAUUCAAGAGGAAUUACGUCCGAUUACCUUCGAUCGAAAACUAACAUCGUAUGAAGCGGCUGGAUAUGGUUUCUUUGAGAAAUAUCUCUCAGCAACUUCACCAAAUGGAAGACAUACUGUCGAUGCUUUCUUAGGAUUGACAACAAUUUCAUUUAUGCAACAUACAAAAAAUAACUACGUGUUUGCAAAUUUCUUCUGGCCAUAUGUAACUAAAAAUAUUCAAGCAGAAAUAUUAACAAAGAAGAUUACCAUCUAUUGGGGACAUUCGAACAAACCAGGUGCCAUCGUCGGAACAUUACAAGACAAUGCUGAUUACAUCAGCUGGUUUGUUAACAAUGUCGAGUGUAUACCGACGACUGCGACAACAUGUGAACUAGCCAGUAAUGUUCUUGUUGAUAGUAAAGAAUUAACCGAUUUAUGUAGUAAGUACAUGAAAUUUACUUCGUUAUCACUACCAAAAGAGAAAAUACACUGGCAGAAGAUUUUCAAUUUCAAAAGCAAACUUUCAGUCAUUGAUUAUUUCGAUCUACUCGACAGCAUUCGUUCUGACGAAAACAAUUUAAAUGAAAAUCUUGAUCGUGUGCAAAACGUAUAUUCUCAUAUAUUAAAAGAAAUGUACUAUUGGUCAUCUGACGAACGUCAACAAGCGAAAAGACGAGCCAAAUCAUCUUAUCUUCUCACCGAAAAUAUGCAAUGGAAGUUAGCGAGUGACAUAUAUCUUUAUAUGGAAGAUAGUCGAGCAAACAAUGGUUUGAAUGAUGCUAUACCUUGUUUACAACUUGAUUCAAAGAAUAGAAAUAAUCUGCAUCUGAAAGAGUUCUUAUAUUUGUUCAAUAUUAAACAAAUCAAAAUGAAUGAUUUGAAACUUGUCGAUGCUAAAUCUUCUCCUGCUGAACAUUUUCGAAGAAAACUGAUUGAGAUUUCACCGUUCUUGAAAAAAUGGCUUCAAGUUUCAGCUGUAUCCGCUGAUGCGAUUUGCACAAUUGACCGAAAAAUUCAACAAGAAUAUGCGUUUAUCGAAUCAGAUAGUUUACAAUUGUUUUAUCAUCAAAAUUUCGUUCGACAAACAAAUGUUUAUUUUGAUAGCAAACAUAAACAACUGUAUGUUACACGGCCGUGGGAUAGCGAAACGACCUUUAUUGAUCUUCCAAAUAAAUUAUGUCUAUUAUUAAAUAUACAAGAUUUUGACAAAAAUCUGCGUUUUUUGCUAAAAGGAACAAUCGAAGAGAUUCGGAAACAUUUUACGUCCAAUGAUGUGGAAAUACCGACCGAAAAAGAUAUUAUUAUCUUAGAAUCAUUACCCAAAACUGAUUCCGUCAUCCAAACAAAGGUGCCAUUGGCAGCUGAAACAUCCAAUUCGAACAAGCCUUCUCGGUCAGUGAAGAAUAAGCAGACAAAAAGUAUUCAGUCCAAAGAAACACUAUCUACUACAAAUAGUUUAAAAUCGACGAAUCCAAUACCUACAGUGAGCUAUCCAUUUCCUUUUCACGGCUUUAUGCAAGUACCUGCUCAACUGCCACUUGAAUAUGCAGGACCACCGACAGGGAUGUGGAGAAAGCCAACAACAUCUAUUUUAGAUCACAUUCAAUUAGUUGAUAUAUCAUCAGUAGCAAAUUCAACUCCAGGAUUAUUUCAUAGUAUACCAAAUAUCACUGGAGAAUGCGAUGAACUUGAUUUGUAUACCGGACGUGUGGGAGAGGAAAUGGUUUAUCAAUAUUUAUUGAACGAACAUCGUGAUCAUUCGAGCUCAGUGAAUGUCAAAUGGUUGAAUGAAAUUGGAGAAAGUCAUCUACCGUAUGAUAUCGUCUUGCAGAAAAAUGGCAAGACAUCUUAUAUCGAAGUAAAAACAACACGGACAUACAACCGACAUACAUUUCCUUUGUCAAUCAAUCAAAUUGAAACAUUUUUGCUAAAAGGAACAAUCGAAGAGAUUCGGAAACAUUUUACGUCCAAUGAUGUGGAAAUACCGACCGAAAAAGAUAUUAUUAUCUUAGAAUCAUUACCCAAAACUGAUUCCGUCAUCCAAACAAAGGUGCCAUUGGCAGCUGAAACAUCCAAUUCGAACAAGCCUUCUCGGUCAGUGAAGAAUAAGCAGACAAAAAGUAUUCAGUCCAAAGAAACACUAUCUACUACAAAUAGUUUAAAAUCGACGAAUCCAAUACCUACAGUGAGCUAUCCAUUUCCUUUUCACGGCUUUAUGCAAGUACCUGCUCAACUGCCACUUGAAUAUGCAGGACCACCGACAGGGAUGUGGAGAAAGCCAACAACAUCUAUUUUAGAUCACAUUCAAUUAGUUGAUAUAUCAUCAGUAGCAAAUUCAACUCCAGGAUUAUUUCAUAGUAUACCAAAUAUCACUGGAGAAUGCGAUGAACUUGAUUUGUAUACCGGACGUGUGGGAGAGGAAAUGGUUUAUCAAUAUUUAUUGAACGAACAUCGUGAUCAUUCGAGCUCAGUGAAUGUCAAAUGGUUGAAUGAAAUUGGAGAAAGUCAUCUACCGUAUGAUAUCGUCUUGCAGAAAAAUGGCAAGACAUCUUAUAUCGAAGUAAAAACAACACGGACAUACAACCGACAUACAUUUCCUUUGUCAAUCAAUCAAAUUGAAACAUUUUUGAAACUGAGAGAGAACUAUUUCAUCUAUCGAGUCUAUAUGGACGAGAAAAAGUUUGUUAUAUUGGAUAACAUUCGAUGGCGUUUAAUGCAAAAAGAACACCUGGCUUGUCUCUUACAAAUUUUACCAAGUUUACCAAACUGUAACUGA